AUGCUAGUUAUUAAACAUAAAUUAGAAAAUUCAUUUAGUGAUUAUGAGAGUACAGCAUUUGAGUGUUGCUGUGAUUUAAUAGCUUGUCAGCUAUGUUUACCACUUUCUAAACUACUUUUAUUUCGCUCUAAAGGUUUAAUCUGCGUUUGUUAUAUAACUCCAUUCAAGCCAACUAACAUCGAUUAUUUAUAUCGAUGUCAUUAA